AAUAACCCACCUAACCGAGCGACCAGAAACCAAUAAGCGCUAAGUUCUCGUAAAUUUAUCCUGUCCCGCGGCAUCACGAGAAUUAGUUUUGUCGAAGCCGCCUCCACCUGAAACCUGUCCGCCGGCGACGACACUCGACCUCGCGUAGUUGGGAGUCCCAAAAAAAUAAAAAAUAAAAUAAAACCCUAACCCUAAUCCUAGAAUUUUGAUCGCUGCCACCUCCUCUUCCCCCAAACUCGAGCUCUUCUCUCCUCCCUCUUCUCCUCUCCCCAUCGGGCCUCGCAUGUUACCGGGCCAUGGCGUCCGCCGCCGCGGAGAUUGAAGUCGUCUCGGAUCCCAAGUCCCAGCAGAACGGGAACCCUAACCCUAGCUCCAGCGAUCCGGCCGCCGACCUCGUCGUCGACGUCUACUCCGCCUCCGCCUACGGGGACUUGGAGAAGCUCUCGAGGUUCGUCGAGAGGUACGGGCAGUCCGUCGCCAGGCCCGACGGCAACGGCUACUACGCGCUCCAAUGGGCCGCCCUCAAUAAUUUUGCUCAUAUCGCCCAGUAUGUAAUCGAGCAUGGGGGCGAUGUAAAUGCUGCUGACCACACGCAGCAGACAGCGCUUCAUUGGGCGGCGGUGCGUGGGUCGAUUGCGGUGGCUGAUGUGUUGCUGCAGAAUGGAGCUAGGGUUGAGGUUGUCGACCAAAAUGGGUACCGGGCAGUUCAUGUUGCAGCACAGUAUGGACAAACAUCAUUCUUGAAUCACAUCAUUGCAAAGUAUGGUGCAGAUUUCGAUGCCCUGGAUAAUGAUGGGAGAAGCCCGCUGCAUUGGGCUGCGUAUAAGGGCCAUGCAGAUAUUGUUAGGUUGCUUUUGUUCAGAGAUGCAUACCAAGGGAGGCAAGAUAAAGAAGGCUGCACAGCUUUGCACUGGGCUGCAAUAAGAGGCAAUGUGGAGGCAUGCACUGUGCUUGUCCAUGCAGGCACCAAAGCAGAAUUGAUGGUGAAGGAUAAAAAUGGAUUUACUCCUGCUCAGCUUGCAUCUGACAAAGGUCAUCGGCAUGUUGCCUACCUUCUUUCCAAUGCAACAAAGGUGAAUGGCAACUCCUGCGGUGAUAAGUUUUGUGCUGCAAGAAUUGGAAAGAUUGGAUAUGCACCUAUUCUGUUGUGUCUGAUAAUUAUCCUUAUUGUUCUUUUCAUAAAUUCCAUCCUUAACGCACCUAGUUUUGUGAAGGUUACUGCUCUUGUUGGCCUUUGGGGAUGGACUACCGUUUCACUUGCAGUUGGUUCACUGUUUAUGUUCUAUAGAUGUAGCAGCAAGGAUCCAGGUUAUAUCCAACCAAAUACAAGAGGGUCAGCAACGAAUGUAGGUGCUGUGGAACCUCUGUUGGAUAUUGAUCUCAACAAUUCUUCAAUUUGGACAGGCAAUUGGUCUCAACUCUGCCCUACAUGUAAGAUAAUCCGUCCUGUGCGCUCCAAACACUGUUCGACUUGCAAACACUGCGUGGAGCAGUUUGAUCAUCAUUGUCCAUGGAUAUCAAAUUGUGUUGGGAAGAAGAAUAAGUGGGACUUCUUUGUUUUUAUUUGUAUGGGAACAUUGACAACAUUCCUUGGAGCUGUCAUUGCAUUUCAUAGAAUGUGGACAGCAUCACCAACACCUCCAGCUUCUGAGGCGUGGAUUCAUCAUAUGCUGACAGAACAUCCUGGGGCUGUUACAUUUCUUGUGUUGGAUAUUUUCUUACUCUUUGGAGCUUUUGCUUUGACAGUGGCACAGGCAUCACAGAUUGCACGAAAUAUCACAACUAAUGAGUUGGCAAAUGCUGCUCGGUAUUCAUAUCUUCGAGGACCAGAAGGACGAUUCCGCAAUCCCUAUAACCAUGGUUUUCGUAAGAACUGCACAGAUUUUUUGAUUCAUGGCUACAUCAAUGACGACGGAAUUGCCUGGCCAUCACUUCAACAAGCUGCAAGGUGAGACGAGGUCAGAAGGUUCUUAAUAAUGCAGUGGAGCUCCCUGCUAUGGAAUCUUUGUUUUUUUAAAUGAAGCAGAUAUAAGCUUCAAUUUGUAUCAUAGAUGGAAAGUUUGCUGCUGGAGAUGCUUGAGGCUGAAACAAAUGGACUUGUGGAUCCGCUGGGCUGCUUCUAGGCUUGAUUCAAGUACUUGCAUUUUGUACUGCAGAGUAUCACCAAUAAUUGAUGUGUAUGCUAGAGUACAUUACAAGAAUUAGCAAAAUGUCCACUAUUAUCUGAUCAUCUUAUGUAGAGGUUUUACCUUGCUUUUGUUUACAAGAUAAUAUCUGUAUUAUAAUAUUUAGUUGUAAAUGAAACAAGGUUAGAAUUGCAGAUGUCGUGCUUUCUGAGCU